AUGGAGGAUAUUAUCGAACAAUCAACCGUUCAAACAUUAACAUUAAGUAUCGCGUCUUUCGAACGAUGCAUCUCAGAACUGAUAGCGAAUUCUUUAAACGCGCACGCAGCGGCAAUCGCGGUAAGAAUUCAUGCGGGAAAACGUGAAAUUCAGAUUGUCGAUAAUGGCGUCGGGAUACCAAACAACAUGUUGAAACGUAUCGCGGAAUACGACGCAGAAGUUGCGAGCAAUCAGCAGCAAGUAUUGCCCGAAUUGAAAUAUCUGGCGAAUGCUCGUCGUUUGUCCGACCGUCUUACGAUUGCUUCGAGGUAUCAACAUUCUAAGGAGACUUUCAUGAAGGUAUUAAAUGUCAACUUGAAAUUGUCAACAUGUAGUUUGAUUAAAUGAUUAGGCAAUAUGGACAAAAAUAACUAAUGUAAAAAUAUGAGUACGUUUUUGUUACUUUUGGCAUUAAGUAUUCUAUAUCUUCAAACUUUAAAAUCAAAAGUAAAUUAAGGAAUUUUAAAUUAAUGAUCUAAAUUUGAUUCUCUAGCGGUCAGUGUUGUAUUUUUGCAAUGUUUACUUUCUACAUAUAAAUAUAAAAAUCUAUUAAUAAAUUUGGAAUAUUUGCACUCUACUUAAUACUUAACUUAUACUUAAAAAUUGAAAAUGGAAAUGUACAUUGCACUAAUCACAGAAAUACUGUCAAAAAGAUUAGACAGAAAAAA